AUGAACCAGAAGAACGAUAAGUCCGUGCUGAACAACAGCAAUAAUGGUAACUUCAACGAACAACAUCCCCCACAAAAGCCGCAAAAGCGUCAGUCCGUUCUCUCCAAGGCCAUUAGUGAGCACAAGGAGGACGACGUCGAUGAAGUGCCAAUGCUACCGCCGUCCAAGGGUCUGACGACGGCCGAAGCGGAAGAGCUCCUUGCCAAAUACGGACGCAACGAGCUCCCGGAGAAGAAAACGCCCAGUUGGCUGAUAUUUGUGCGUAACCUAUGGGGUCCUAUGCCUUUUGCGCUGUGGGUCGCCAUCAUCAUUGAGUUUGCGCUGGAGAACUGGCCUGACGGUGCCAUUCUUCUUGCUAUUCAGCUUGCCAAUGCCACAAUUGGGUGGUAUGAGACAAUCAAGGCAGGCGACGCUGUGGCUGCGCUGAAGAACUCACUGAAGCCCGUGGCGACCGUCCACCGUGACGGAACAUGGCAGCAGCUGGAUGCCGCGCUGCUGGUACCCGGUGAUCUUGUGAAGCUCGCAUCCGGCUCCGCGGUGCCUGCCGAUUGCAGCAUCAACGAGGGUGUGAUUGACGUGGACGAGGCGGCGCUGACGGGUGAGUCGCUUCCCGUGACGAUGGGAACGGACCACAUGCCCAAAAUGGGCUCAAACGUUGUGCGCGGUGAGGUGGAUGGAACGGUGCAGUACACUGGACAAAACACCUUUUUUGGCAAAACUGCGGUGUUGCUGCAGUCAGUGGAAUCCGAUCUUGGAAAUAUUCAUGUGAUUCUCUCACG